AUGGAUAUUCAUGUUCUUCAAAGCCAGCCCGCCCAGAAGGUCGCGUUUAAAGACUCUUACACGGUUCGUGUGGAUUUGGUCCGCGGCGGGUUCCAGCCGCGCCUUCCGACUUCGCUGCCGCCCCCAGGGCAGCAGCAGCAGCCGUCGCCGCUACCACGCCGACAGCCCGUCCCGUUGGUGCCUCCCGCGCAGCUUCAUCCGGGAGCGCCCCAGGUGGUCGCUCCGGGGCCUGCGGUCCCUCUUCAGUCGGAGCUGAUGGACGUCGACCCCUCAGCCGGGCCGCCUUCCCAAGCGGUGGCUGUGCAGCCUGUCCUGCAGCCGCUUUCUUUGGGCACCCCCAAGGAGUCUGACACCGCAGCGCCUUGUCCGGCGCCCACUCAGCAGCCGUCGACGCAGCAUCAGGAGACGCUGCCUCUCUUCGGAGCUCCACCCGUAUCCAGAGCGCGGCUGGGAGCCCGCACCGCCCUCGCCGCUUCGCCCCCAGCUGCCGCUGUAGCUGGAGAACAGCUGCCGACUAGACUCACGACCAAGUUGGGCCGCGCUGUGCCGCUCUGCGCGGAGCUUCGAGCAGCCGCCACGCCCAGACCGCAGCCGGGCCGAGGCGCUGUUCAAACAGCGCGCGGCUUCGGCCUCCAGCGGCAAGCGCCGCGACUCCACUCGUGUGCUGAUGGACCCCCAGACCCACGGCUCCAUGGUGGUUCAGCAACAAUGGUCAUGAUUCAGGAAUGUCCUCCGACGUACAAUAGGCCUCUUCAGUUAGCUGCAGGACUUCCAGAACUAUGGCUGGUACAAGAGGUGUAA